GCGCAAGGUCACACUGAAGACAUGGGUAUGAGCAUCCCCCAGUACCUGGGGCAAAUGGACAUCCGAAAAGGUGUAGUGGGCUUGGCCACAGGUGCUGGGUUCAUCUACCUGCUCUACAAGGCCAUCAGGGCUGGUAUCAAAUGCCAGCCGCCCCUCUACACUGCCUCACCCAUCUGCAUCGCCCGUGAGUGUACGGGCCCUGGGGAGAGGGCUCUGCCCCAGGAGGCACCUGCUCCCGAGGCCUCCAGUGUGGGAGGGCCCAAAGGCCUGGCAGUCGAGCGAGAGCGGCACGGGCGGGACUCGGGUGAGCUCCGGAGGCUCCUCAACUCUUUGGAGUACAAACAGGAUGAGUACGCCAAGAGCAUGAUCCUGCACAGUAUCACGCGCUGUGUGUACUUGCUGGAGGCCGAGGCCUCUUCUUGUACUACUGAUGACAUCAGCUUAGUGGGCUCCAUGCUGGAUGACAAGGACAACAGUGUCAAAAUCCAAGCUCUGAACACACUUAAAGCUUUUUCUGGCAUCAGAAAAUUCAGGCUUAAAAUCCAGGAACAUACCAUCAAGGUACUGGAACUGGUCUCCACCAUCUGGGAUUCGGAACUGCAUGUUGCCGGCCUCAGACUCCUCAACAGCCUCCCACUGCCUGACUAUGUACAUCCACAGCUGCGACGGGUGAUGCCUGCCUUGAUGGAGAUCCUGCAGUCAGAAUAUAUCCUGGCACAGGUGCAAGCCACACGAUUACUGAGCUACCUAGCACAGAAGAACGACCUUCUGUAUGAUAUUCUCAACUGCCAGGUGCACUCCAACUUCCUGAACCUGUUUCAGUCCACCCAGCCAGGGAGUCUGCUGUUCGAGGUACUGGUGUUUGCUGAGCGGCUAAGUGAGGGCCAGAAUUCACCCCACUACCGUGUCGUGAAGUGGCAUUACAAUGAACAAUCUCUUCAUGAAGCUCUCUUUGGGGAUGAGUCCCGACUGGCAGACCGGCUGCUCGCCCUGGUCAUCCACCCUGAGGAGGAGGUUCAGAUCCAGGCCUGCAAGGUCAUAGUCAGCCUGCAGUGCUCCCAGGAUGUGGGAGUCCGGCCCUCCUCCUGCCGGCCCAGUUAUUCCUACUUUAAUAGCGGGGAAUAAAAUUAAGGAGAGCCAAUAAAUGACUAUGGGAGAAAA